AUGAGUUCACGAAACACAAGACAUGCUAGCAAAGCAUGCCUUGCAUGUCGGAGAAGGAAGACUAGGUGUACAGGGGAACGACCGGCCUGUGGAUUAUGCAGAACUAAUAAAUGGGUUUGUGAGCUGGGCGAUGAUAGACGGCAGGCUCCGAUGUAUCGCAGAGUGAAGCAAAUGGAGGAGCAAAUCGCUCGGUUGGAAAGUCAACUGAGCCGAUACAGAAGUGCACCCAGUACAGGAGCUUUUGAUUCAUCUAUAUAUGAGGCAGAUGAGGUGACAGAUAGCGAAGAGGAGGAAGUGGACGCGAUGGGAGUGGAAAGAUUGAAGAUCAUCGAUAGUACAACCGGAGAGAUAUCACACUUCGGUCCCCCUUCUUGUCUCAUGCAUCUUCCCGAAUCUGCCUUCUCGUCGUCGAGUGACUUUGUACAUUCAAAUCAGCCUAGCUCGACGCCAAUUUUGCGGAUGCCCACUCCCGCGGUUUCGCUCAGCUCGAUAGGUCCACAGAUCUUCAACAAUGGGAUACGUGAAGGAUGGAAAAUGCAUCUUCCGAAAGAAUGCGCACGAAUGGAAACGAAAACCCACGAGAUUCUCUUCGGUUCGUAUGAAGAAGUUCUGAGAGAAAGCUUAGUGUAUGGCGGGCUUGUCGACAUCGAUCGUUUCAGAUCCGACAUGUAUCUGUGCACUGAGAAUUCGAGCAAUCAAACCGGCAACAAUAACAAUCGUACAGACAAUUACUCUCCUCUCCUGCACAACGCGCUAUUGGCUCUUUCUACUUCGCAUCUUCGGUUCAAACAAUCGCAAAAGGCACCUAGCAAUGUUCUGCUAGACGAUGGCUGGACGAAUAUCCUGCUAUCUCACGCUUGUAUGCAGAUUGAGUGGGAGGUGGAGAGACCUCUACUGAGCACUGUUCGAGGGCUCAUCCUGAUCAUCAUCGUCAUGGGACAAACCGGGAGACUCAAUUCGGCGUUUUCGUACUUCGGGAUGGCUGUUAGAAUGGCUGAUUCUCUCGGGCUAAACGUGGACAGUUCGCAUCUUGUGUCAGCAGGAAAGAUUACCUUAGAAAAACAGCAAGAUAGAAAUACGAUUCUAUGGAUUUUGUUCAUCCAGGAUAAACUACAAUGUCUUACUGUCGGACGGUCACCCAGUAUGCCAAUGAGCAAUAUGAAUGUACCAUUACCACCUUAUAUCUCUCUGGACUCAGGUGAUUCGUCUCACCCCGCGCUGGGAAUCAAUUCACGAUUUAGGCAGAACGUACGCUCGGCCAUGUGUCGCUUAUCCCUUCUCGUCGGAGACAUUUUGCAAAAAUGCUACUCUCCAAGCUUCAACAGAAACUCAAAAAAGGCAGAAAGGAUGAAAGUUGAGAUGAAUAUCAGAUUGGACGAGUUCAUACCAUCCCUCCCUCCUUCGCUUCAACUAACGACACCACUCCUUGAAAAUGAAGCACCGGGAGCAGUCAUUGCUCUGCAUAUCGCGCACUGGUUCAAUGUAAUCUUGCUUAACCGACCAUUCUAUCGACCUAAUGCGAUAAGCUCUGGAACGUCAGAUGACACAGGGUUAUCAGAUCACGCGGCCGAUAUGAUAGUGGAUCUGUUGGAUCUUUACGAACACCUAUACGGCCUUGAACACUCGUUAUUGAUCACCGCGCAUGCCGUCUUUCAUGCAGGGUCAAUCUUUCUUAUGCAAGCGGCUGCCGCUGCGGGCACACCUAAUGAGCAUCCGCCGACCGACACAUUGGCUAGCCUCGAGAAAUGUAUCCGAGCUCUCCAACUCAUGAAAAUACCCACUCUUGCAUCGUGGAAUGCUAGUACACUUCAGGCCCUCAAGUCCCAAUGGUUGAUAAUGUCGCCGUCAGAGCAAGACACUGUGCCAGAUGUAUGGGAAGAUUUUGGUCUAUAUUUCGACUUCUCAACGUAUCAAGAAACCAAUGCUUUCUGA